ACUGGAUCAAUAAGAAACGAUCCUUACUGGACCUCUAGGGAGAAGAGUUUUAUAGAACUGAUGGUAUCAAAUUUGUGUUCAUACCAACAUGAAGUAUCCAUGAAAGAGCCCGCAAUCUUACCUGCUGUUAUCAAUAUGGCGGACAGCUCGGGAAAUCGAGCUGGAAAUGGCUCGAAGAAACAAGAGAUUUUUGUCAAAGAAGAGCUGAAAAUUGCCGUGAGAUGCACUCUGGAUAAAUUUAGAUAUGAUGAGGAACAGAAGGGUAAAGUUUCGAAUGAUUUCGUGUUGUUUUAGUUGUAAAAAUCUGACUUUAUCUUUGGUCCACUGUUGUAAAUCUGUUUCAAAGUGUCAAAUUUCUUGUGUAGUAUUUUGUUGCAGAGAAGAAACAUUGAGCCAAUAGUUUAUUGAAAAUAUAACACCGAAGAAAAGCAUCGUGUUUAUAAACUUGAGAUAUGGAUUAUAAAACCAGACAUUUAAUAUCACUGAACUACACCAAAUUCGACUUGUUUUGUGAAACUUUUGUCCGAGUGAAACCAGAUGCUUUUCUUCUGAGACCCUGGUGGAAAAUGUGUUUUGGGUCAUGGGUGCGCAAAAGAUAUACUCCAUGCUCAGAAAUAUGCACCAGUAACACAGCCCUCGAAAACGAGGUUAGCAUUCAGCAAUGUCGAUCUACAUUCUGGCCUCUAAUCAUCUAGGUCGUAGGUUCGAAUCCCACCAUGGCCUGGCAUCUUUUUCAAGCUCGCCCGGUGUGGCUAUACACUCAGAGUAACAUCACAAAUAUCAUAUUCACCUGAGUACACAACACCAACACAGAAAAAAAACAUAUUACUAGAAUACAUUUGUAUCGAAGGAACUAGAUUCUGUUCCGAAAUAUCACUUACUCGAACCGUCCUGACCAUGUAGCUCAGUUGGAAGAGCAUUGGGCUAGUAUUCCAAAGGUCGUAGGUUCGAAUCCCACCGUUGCCGGGCAUAUUUUUCAAGCUCGCCCGGUGUGCAUAUACACUCAGAGUAACAUCACAAAUAUCAUAUUCACCUGAGUACACAACACCAACACAGAAAAAAAUAAUGCUGAAAACAUUUUUAAGACAUCAUGAAUGAUGGCAAGGUAAACUUGUUCUCCACCAAGGGAAACGACCUACAAUAAUUCUAAAUAUUAAUAGGGUAGUUUCAUCUUUCGAAACAAAUCCUUAUUUCUCAUUAUAGAAAUGGAGUUUCCGUCAUCGUUUACUUCAACAGAAAGAGCGUACAUCCACCGAUUAUGUCAAGGAUAUGGCCUGGUAACCAAAAGCAAGGGGUAAGCCAGGGGUGGAAAAAAUAGGCGAGUACUGCUCGCAGGAAAUGUUAAACAGCUGCAGGAAAUUCGUUUGAAUGAAGAUUUGCUAUUGAAAAUUUGAAGGAAACUUCAACACCCAUGUCCCACUAUGGGUACAACAACAUAUGGUUGACAGACAUUAUUCCUUGAAUUUAAAACCAUGGUCAGCUAGAACACUAUAUGUUUAUGCCCAUGCAGAUUUAACACAAAAAUACUCUGUUGGUCUGCAGGAAAUUUUUGUCUCCAGGUUGUGCUCCCAGGAAGAAAAUUCUUUUUUCUGCCCCGGUAAUAACUCAAAUAAUAUCAAGCCAGACAAAAUUGAAUGUGUGAUUAGCAUGUUGAUACAUAACUUGUUGGCAGAGCUACUGUAGGUGUAUGCAGUUUCUGAGUACUCCCUAGUUUUAAAUUUAAGCUUGUUAAAUUUUGUAGUUUGUCUAAACAGGUGUUAUUCUGUAAUGAUAGGUGUGGCAGUAAUCGUCAUCUAACCGUACGUAAAUCAGACGGAGAAAGGACAAGCUCAAUUAGCGGCAUUCACUUGACUCAAUCGUCGUGUCAACAGAUUGAACAGUUGUCGCAGAGAUUUCCUUUGACGAGUAAGGAAAGACAAGAUCUCACCCCUAAAGUGGAAAGAACGGCAAGUGGCGGAAAUGACAUAAGUACGUCAAACCACCGCUAAGUCCUGCCCCGCACCACUCUCUUUGUGAUGUAUCCCCCUAUUUUUAAAGGAGGAAAUUUUUAAGCCCCUCUUUGUAGUGUUAGCAACCAAAAAAUUCUUGCUUCAAUGAGUAUUGUUUUGAAAUUUUGAGGCAUGUCUGGUACCUCCACAAAAAUAAGAUCUACAGGUAUGUCCUCAGCCAUUUAGAAUGUUUGUUUGGCAAAUAGAUCGACACUGUAGGUCAUACAAGUGGUGUCUCUUGAUUUUCUUCAGGUAAAUCUCCAAAGGACAACAGCAAAUACAAUGGCCGAUUAAACACAGGGCCUCCUAUAAUCCCUCCUGCACACCACGGCAAUGAACUGACGGAGUUCCGCAGCAAUUUACCCAUCGCAGAAUUGAAAGAAAAUAUCAUGAAAGAAGUUGAAAACAAUCGAGUAAGUACAUGGAAAGCUUGUUCAUUUGAUUGGCAUUACCUGCCCUAGCAAAGACAGUUCUUGAUUAUAUUUGUGAUAGCAGCUGUUUUUUAGCUAUAUUUGUGAUGUAUUCUCCAUUUUCAGGUUGUUAUAAUUUCUGGUGAAACGGGAUCAGGGAAGACCACACAGGUUCCGCAGUACAUCAUGGAAAGUUUUUGUUCCAACUCGAGACCAUGUCGUAUCAUCUGCACGCAGCCACGCAGGAUUUCCGCCAUCUCUGUGGCUGAGCGUGUUGCUAACGAGAGAGGAGAGAGAUGUGGACAGACUGUCGGUUAUCAGAUCAGAUUGGAUAGCAGGUGGGUGUCUGGUUUGAUUUUGAAAGGCUGUGCUGUUUUUGGCAUACCUUAUAGUCACAGUGUGCGCAGUGGCUAUAAAGUACGCCUGUUUUUGGCAAUUUGGCAUACUGUACCUUAUAACCAUGGUUCGUGGCUAUAAAGUAUCCCUGUUUCGGCAUACUUUAUAGCCAUGUUGCGUGGCUAUAAAAUAUGUCUGUUUUCAGCAUAGCUUAUAGUACGUGUACGCCUGUUUCGGCAUACUUUAUAGCCACGGUUUGUGGCUAUAUCGUAUCCCUGUUUUCGGCAUACAUUGUAGCCACGGUUUAUGGCUAUAAAGUACACUUGUCUUCAGCAUAGCUUAUAGCCAGGGUUUGUGGCUAUAAAGUACGCCUGUUCUGGGCAUACCUUAUAGCCAAGGGGUUUUUUGUGGCUAUAAAGUACGCCUGUUUUGGGCAUACCUUAUAGCCAGGGUUUGUGGCUAUAAAGUACGCCUGUUUUGGACAUACCUUUUAGCCACGGUUUGUAGAUAUAACUGUACGCCUGAUUUCGGCAUACUGUACCUUAUACAGUAGUGAGAUAUGUGGCUAUGAAGUACGCCUAUUUUCGGAUACCAUAUAGCCACGGUUUGUGGCUAUAAAGUAUCAAACUUCAAUCUGAAGUAUUAAUUUUACAUCAUUGCGUUUUCAGAACAUCUCCAAAGACAGUCUUAACAUAUUGCACAAACGGAGUGCUACUGAGAGCCUUGAUUUCAGGAGAUGGAAAUUUAUCUUCCGUCACACAUGUGAUUGUGGUAUGAAUCAUAAUUAUUUUGAACUUUGAAGUCCAGUUUACAUUUGAGGGCACUCUACAACCAGCUAUCAUGGUUUAUAUCUGAGCUAUACAUGAACUCUCUGUUGUUAGGACGAAAUUCACGAGCGAGAUCGUUUCAGCGACUUUCUAUUGAUAUCUCUACGCGAUCUCUUGUCGACCAAUCGAAGCAUCAAGAUCAUCAUCAUGAGUGCCGCUGUGGACAUCAAUUUGUUCACCAGCUAUUUCAACGGAUGCCCUGUUAUUCACGGUAGGCGAAGGUGUCAUAACCAAGCAGAAAAGUAUAUUCGUUAGUUUUGAGCGCAUUUUACGUCGCCUCUUAUAUAAUGACUUCUUUUCUUCUAGUGCCUGGCCGCUGUUUCGAUGUGAAUACGUUUUUCCUCGAAGAUGUGCUCAAGUUGUAAGUUUUAACUGACUUUGCCAACUUUUCUUAACGAACAAAUUGUAGAAUUUAAAAAUUUCUGUAUUGCUUCAGCACUGGCUACCAAAACAAGAAAAUGUCAAUAUUGCGACAAAGCAACGAUACGGGUAAGCUCAAUAUACGUGUUCAAUUAUCAAAUGAGAUGAAAUUGUGCUCGAAACGCGUUCGAGAUUACUCGUGUGCGAAACAUACUAGCAUUUCUAAAUUAUUUCAUGCUUAAAUUUUAUUUUCAGAAGAGAGAAAGACCCCAGAGAAAGAGAAACGAGUUCGAAUACAAGGUGUGUAACUGAGAUGUUUCAUUUUCAUCAGAGGAUACAGUAGCUCUGUCUCUCUUAACUGUUUUCUCUAGAGGUGUAUACCAUUGUUGGUGCAGUAUUACUGGAGUACACACAUACUGUAAAAACACCCGUAGCAGACUUUUGUACCAAUCUACUUUGAGCUGAUUCAAAUUUUGAUGAGAGUUGAUGAGAGUUUUUGCUGCGCGCGCGGUUAAGGCCCUGUCACACUAUUGCGUAUGAGAGAAACGUAUGAGAAGCGUAUGAAAAUUAAUGAAAUAAUUUUCAUACGCACAAAAAUCCUUUGAAAUGCCAGCGUAUGAGUACCGUGCAUCUGGCGUACUCUAACGUAUUCGGCGUGUGUUUAGAGUAUGCUUAUCGUACAAAGCAUACGUCCGAUACGCACAAAAUUUUUGAACAUGCUUACAAAAAAAUUUCUGCCUCGCCGUAUGCCACCGUACGCGACCGUGCUUGGAACGUAUACAACUAUGCCUAACGUACCCCUAGCGUAUGUCAGCGUAUACCAGCGUAUGAAUGAUAUUUUUCAUACGCUAGUACGAUACCUAAUAGUGUGACAGGGCCUUAAUGUCCACUCAACUUUCAUCAACUCUCAUGCAACUUUUGUUCUCGUUUGACCAGGCCAUGAGAUUUGAGAAAACUCUUAUUUAAAUUCUCGCUUGCUAACUCUCAAGAACUCCCAUCCUCUGAUUUAGGUAUACCCCGUGUAGGCAUACUACUUCACUGGCAUACUUUGAGCUUAAAACCAUUCAUUCUAGAGCCCGAAGCGAAGAUCUUAAUGGACGCUCAGGAGAAGGAGAUAGACAGAUAUGAGAAAAAUCAUAAGAACCACGACGUUGAUGUUGACGAUGAUCUGGGAGAGGAUAUUAAUGUUGAAGGAAUGAAACUCCAAGAUAGCUUUGAAGGCAAUGAUGAUGUAUGUUUAAGAACUAUAUUGUCAGUGGCGUUGAUUCCAAAUGAUUUUCGAAGAACGUGAUUAAACCGUUUUCAUAAUGACGUCAAAUGCGGAUCGACACACUGCUACUCUCGCGUUUAACAUCGUUAUGAGAAAGGUCUAUUGCAUUGAUUUGGAUAUUUUCAUGAUAUUUCUCAAGUCAGCUGUGCGCCAAGGAUUCGAGUGACGGAGAAGUAAUGGACGCCAUUAGAUUGUACGCUUAUUAUGAGUCAAUUUUUUUACUUGGACUCUUGAAAAGCACCCAUAAAAAAUUGGUCUUUGGAUUAGCGAAAGGUCUGUGGAGGUUUAAACCGUACUUUGAUCAAAGAAACGUCUUUAUCUCCGUCUUAGGGUGAUGACGUUGGUGAUGUAGAUAAUGAAGUGCUUGAUGUUACUCAAGAAAUGGACUCGGCAAUUUCUGAAGCAUUCCUUAAUGUAAGUACUGAGAGCUGGGUAUGGAUUUAGUAAGGGCAAAUGGCAAAUGAUGGGGAGGGGAGGGGAGGAAGGUGCCUUCUUCUCUAUCAAAUCUAUCCCCAUGAUGAGUCAAAAGUAUAGACGUGUUUCUUUUGUGUUUGCAUAGGGAAGUGAGGAUUCAUAUGCACAGAUUCUCCACCUGAUCAUGAACGAAGGAAUUAAUGGUAAGUUUUUUAUAAAAUCUUUCCCUCCUUGCCAAGUUUCAUGUUAAGUGUCAACGUCAAUUCUUAAUGCAUGACAGAAUACAUUUCCAAACCAUUUUCAGUAAGCAUUGCUUAAAAUACAAUUUAAAUUAUUUUUUGUUUAGUUGACUAUCGUCAUUCUGAAACGAACGCGACAUCAUUGAUGGUCUGUGCUGGUCGAGGAUCUCUUGACAUGGUGGAGCAACUCUUGAACCUCGGGGCUAAUCCCGACUUGACCGAACCCAAUAAUGCUUGGUAAGCAGAGUGUUGUUCCUUUUAUGGCUAUGUCUAAUAAGAACGGCUGACGGGAAUAAAGCUAACUUUAUUUACACAUGACAGUUCUUUCUCAAUUCUGUCCAGUUCUCUCAAUUCAAGGAUCAUCCCUUGUUAAUCCAGUUUUACUACAGGAGGAAACCUAAACUAGACUACCUUUAUUUAUACUUGAUAGCUCUAUCAGUUCUAAACUGUUCUUCUUAUAGAUCCAGUAAGGGUCGUCUCCUAUUGAUCCAGUGUUACUACAGGAGGAAACCUAAACUAAUUUUAUUUAUACUGCAUAGCUCUAUCAGUUCUAAACUGUUCUUCUUAGAGAUCCAGUAAGGGUCAUCUCCUAUUGAUCCAGUGUUACUACAGGAGGAAACCUAAACUAAUUUUAUUUAUACUGGAUAGCUCUAUCAGUUCUAAACUGUUUUUCUUAGAGAUCCAGUAAGGAUCAUCUCCUAUUGAUCCAGUGUUACCACAGGAGGAAACCUAAACUAAUUUUAUUUAUACUGGAUAGCUCUAUCAGUUCUAAACUGUUCUUCUUAGAGAUCCAGUAAGGGUCAUCUCCUAUUGAUCCAGUGUUACUACAGGAGGAAACCUAAACUAAUUUUAUUUAUACUGGAUAGCUCUAUCAGUUCUAAACUGUUCUUCAUAGAGGUCCAGUAAGGAUCAUCUCCUAUUGAUCCAGUGUUACUACAGGAGGAAACCUAAACUAAACUAACUUCAUUUAUACUGGAUAGCUCUAUCAGUUCUAAACUGUUCUUCUUAGAGAUCCAGUAAGGGUCAUCUCCUAUUGAUCCAGUGUUACUACAGGAGGAAACCUAAACUAAUUUUAUUUAUACUGGAUAGCUCUAUCAGUUCUAAACUGUUCUUCUUAGAGAUCCAGUAAGGAUCAUCUCCUAUUGAUCCAGUGUUACUACAGGAGGAAACCUAAACUAAACUAACUUUAUUUAUACUGGAUAGCUCUAUCAGUUCUAAACUGUUCUUCUUAGAGAUCCAGUAAGGGUCAUCUCCUAUUCAUCCAGUGUUACUACAGGAGGAAACCUAAACUAAACUAACUUUAUUUAUACUGGAUAGCUCUAUCAGUUCUAAACUGUUCUUCUUAGAGAUCCAGUAAGGGUCAUCUCCUAUUCAUCCAGUGUUACUGCACAAAAGGAAACCGGAGUUCCCCGAGAAGACCUCCGGUAUUUAGCAGAGACAAAGUGGAAUCACUCGUCUCAAAUGUACUGUAACUGGGGUGUUAAAUAAUUUUCAACAUUCUGUGACUGCUGCAGACUGGGCAAGAAAUUGGAACCACGAGGAAGUCGCUCAGUUCAUUGAAUCUUACGGGUACGUUGUUGGGCAUUGUUUGAAUGAGUUUUGUAAAUUUCGAAGGUUGUUUCAAUACAUCAUCAUGACAAUGUGACAGGUCUAUGGCUAUCUCUCUUCUUACAGAUCCCAGCGAGCAAACCAAGUCGAUGACGUGAUACUUGAGCAACAAUCAGAACAACUGAACAAUGAAAGUAAAGAGUUGUUAAGUCUUUAUCAUAAGACCUUUGAUGAUGAC